AUGGAAGAAAGGAAAAAAGACGUGUGCAGUGCGGCGUCAGGGUUUUUAACAAAAUUGAGAAAACCAUCUGACUCUGCAAAACAAAUAGAAUUGAAGGAAUUUUACAAAGAGACCUACCUUGAAUGGCAAAAACUCUGGCCCAACCGCGUGCCCACCGAGCAAGAGAUUGCAAAUUCUGGGUCCAAGGAACAAGCUAUUGUGGACAUAUAUGUUGCUCAGGAAGAGAAACUAAAGAAUUGGUUCCGCAACCACAAGCGACCAAAAUUGGCAGAAAAAUCAGACAAGAAAGGGACAUCAGCGGCUACAUCUUCCGUCCUCAAGCUGAAGAAGAAGCGCAUGAUGGACAAGGAAUGGCAAAACUAUGUCAAAGACUGGAAGGAGCGUAACCCCGGCACCGAGGUUGACACCUCCAUGUUCGCUUUCAGGAACAAAUUCAUGCAAGAAAAGUACAAGGAGCAGUCCCAGGAGGUCAAGGACCAAGUGGAUCAGCAUCGCAGAAAGGCUUUCGAAGAAGCACAGGAAGAUGACAAUGAUAUAUUUCAAAUAUACAACAGAAACAUUGAAAAAUUGCCGCGAACAAUGGCAGAGUUGACGUCAGAGACGUCUCUUGAUCCGCUACCACCACCAGCCCAAAUCUUCCCACGACAAGGCAAGAUUCGCAUGACAUUGAAACCAUCCCCACAAAGAAAACAAGCAAAAGAAUUAGCGAGCAAAACCCAGCAGUACAAGAGGACUACGAGAAACAGCGGCAAAAAAGCAGCACCGACAGCGGCUAAGAAGAUGGAACCAAUACAAAGUGCAGAAUCGGGAAGGAAAUGGCUUAACGAAAGGGGACUGACGGAGGAAGGGGAGGUGCUAGGAGCGAUAGCGAUGGUGAAGGUACUCCGGCAGAUGUCCAAAUGGGAGAAGACACCCCAAGAAAUGUGGAGAGACGCGCUGCUAGCGGUGGCACACAUUAUAGAGGACACACACGGAGAAGACCGCAUUGAGAUGGUAGCAAACGCAGCGAAGGGUGAGAUCGAGAGGGUGGCACGAGAAGCCGUGAAGAGUAUGGAGAAGGCAAGGGAGGAAAUGGAAAGGGGGAGAGGUCAGACCAAGAGGACAGAUGUGAGGGGAGCAAGGAGAUCAUGGGACGAGGAGGUGGAGGAGCUAUUAGCGAACGCCCAGGACGUACAGGGAAGAGACGAACCAGCGACCCAAACCCAGGAGAGACGGAGAUUGAGCAGGGAAAGGAACUCAGGAAAGACAGAGGAGAGGAGGAUGUACGCUCAAGCAACCACAUCGGAAAGAAGGAGCUCCCCGCGACAGGACUGCGACAUUAGUAUGGACAAGAGGCUGCAGAAGGAGAUUAGGGCGAGAGAAGCGAAGAAGGAGAUCCAGGUGCUGAUCGACGGACUCCAAACCAAAGAAAAUGGGAAGGAUCUCACACCAAAGGACAUCGUGGACAAGCUCAACAUUGCAUGGGACAUGGCAAGCACAGACGCGGAGGUCACCUACACGGACAGCCAAGGGAACGAGAAGAUCAUUGCGAUCGAGGAAAGCCCGAUCAGAACAGCUAGGGUGCUGAGAAACGGGGGGGUGGUGAUGGAGUUCAAGGACGGUGCCAGCGCAUGGCCUCUGACCAGAGACAAGGAAUUCAGGCGACAGUUCGAGGGAGCGCUGGGGAUAACGGUGAAGGAGAGGGCCUACACGCUCAUAGUGGAAUUCGUAUCCACGUCUCUGCGGGACGGACUACUGGGGAUCAAGGACAAGCUGGACGAGGUGAACGGACUGAAAAGCAGCACUAUCAAAUGA